AUGUGGCUUCUCCGCGCCUUCUCGUCGGCCAUCUUCCUUACGGCUGUGGUCUCAUCGAUCCCUCUGGCCUUCGAUGUGGGUGGGAGAGUAUGUGGUCUGGCCUUUUCACUGUCCCUUGCGACCUUUUACUUCUUCUUCUCGCUACUGAAGCUCUCCACACCCGAGAGGUCAUGGGUUCGAUCAUCACUGGUGCUAGUGAUCAAGUCCACCCAAUGGAUCAUCAUCCCGAUUCUGUUGAUUUGGUCACUGAAUCGCUUCUCGGUCGACACAGACAGCGCUACUGCUUGGGUUGAGCGCACCUUUUCUGGAAACCGGGCCGCGGACAGCUCGAUCCAGGAAUGGCUCUUUGGACGCGAUGGGUUGGUGGAGACGGUCACACUGGGCAACUGGGAUCGCAUGCUUCGCUGGUCAACCCCGGUGUUCCAAUUAGUGGAGGGGUUCUGUAGUUUACUGGUCAUCCAGGCGGCAGGUCAGAUUACUCGAUGGCUCGUGAAUCGUGGUGGACGAAGUGAUAGCUGGAUGAUUGGCCUCUUGGUACUCUCCGCGACCGUGAUCUCCAGCUCCGUGUACUUCCUCUGGCGGGUUCUUCAAUUUCCCGAGAUCUCCAAUGUGGAUGCGGCCCUGAUCGGAGUGUCGAUCACAUGCGCGGUCAUUCUCUGCGCGUGGGGAAUUGGCAGUGGACGUGGAAAUCCAGUCGAAAGCUCGCUGUUGUUCGCCUACGUGGUGCUCUGCAUCUAUCAGAUCUUUACAGACUACCAGCCGUCGUAUCCAGCAGAGCAAGCGCCGUCGCCGUCCCAGGCUGGCGACUUCCCUCCAUUCCCCCCGAUCAUCAUGGCAUCCUAUUCCACCCUCAUGCACGCGCUCUCUCUGCUGCCUUCGGCCAUUCACGCCGCAUUCAAUGUGAUCACCGCGGUCUUUUCUGCCGUCACUCCGUCAGUGUUGAUCUCCCUCGCCUAUCGACUACUUGUUCUCUACGCAUCGACCCGCAUUAUUCCUGCGGUCCGAGAAGCUGGAGCCCGCGCCCUGUCCCAGGAGGCUUCUCUUGACGACUCCGACGCCGCCGGCCAAGUCCUCGGCUUGCUGAGCUACUUCUCUCCCUCCAUCUUGAUCGCUGUCUACACCAGUCUCUUAAUGCAACAUUUUGCGUCUACAUCGCAAGCCAUGGGUGGAAGUGGCGAGUGGUGGAGCAGCCAAGGCGGCGGCGGGGUAACCUGUGGAAAUGGAUCAACCUGGCUUGCACCCUCGGCCUCUAUGCGGUGGAGCUUUGGCUCGGCGAACAAGACGAUCUGGAUAGCAGUCUGGCCGGACACUGGAAGACUGAUUGAGCUUGGUGUGAUGAGUGACAGAGGGCUGCAAUCAAACCGUGGAAUGGGAGACAUCUUCUUCAUUCGUGGAAUGGAUGGCCCUUUCUUUUUUUCCCUCUCUUUUUGA